AUGAAACUUUUCGUCGCAUUGUCCCUCCUGUUCGCCGUAGCCUCGGCCAGUGUUCUUCCCGCCGCUGUCAUCGCCAGUGAAAACCCCGAAAUCGUGGCCGCCACCCGAGUACCGACCCCGCUACUGCUGCUGCUCUUGAACAAAUGCUCCUUGAAAUCCUCGGCCUUUCUAAGCCUGAACCCAUCGAAGUUGGACCUGCAAUCGUCGACAACUACGAACCCAUCUCCAUUGGGCCUGCCAUCAUAG